AUUAUGUCAGUGAGUAAUACUGAGAGGGAGGCCGAGAGUAGGCCUGAGUGGGCGGUCAAACAUGAGAAAAAGUGGGAUUCAAGCCAACAGAAGAGAUUACAAAAAGAGCCGAAUGAGUGCAAUGAUCAAUAUCAUUUAGUUAGAGAAGCGGCAGGGGUGAACUUUGGGCUUAUUGUUGAUAAGCUCAAUUCUUGUAGAGAAGAGUUUUAUCGUUUUGAUUCGGCAGGAUUCAAUUUUUAUCAACAUGUCACUAAGAGUUUCAGCCAGAAGGGCAAUAAAGAUAGAUUUGUUGAGAUUACAGAGAUGGUGCUGAAAGAUUUACAAAUAAAUGGAUCUCACCAAGAUGAAGUUGAUUUGUUUGAAUUAACAUUUAAUGGCAAUGAUUCGGAUAUAGAUAGUGUCCUUAUCAAAAUGGCGAAGCAGGGGAGCACUUUUCCUAUAUCUUGGCUCUUAGAAUUCUUUGCUCUACAAGGAAUAAACAAAACUUUGCAAGUAAACAAAGUAAAUCAAAACGAUCAGACCUUCCUUCACAUCUUAUGUCAAGGACUAAAGGCUCAAGAAGCUUUUGACAUCUAUUGUGACUACAAGGAACAUUACUCCUUUGAUCUUGACCUUAGAAAUAAUGAAGGAGUCUCAACCAUGGUAAUUUUUAUUUAG